AUGAAACCGGUGUCUCCAAGGGAUAUCGAGCCUCGUUCUCGUAGUAAAGUGACUGUUAUAGGUGUUGGAAUGGUUGGAAUGGCUGCAGCAUUCUCUACCAUGCAAGUGACAGGAGAACUCGCACUUAUUGAUGUCGUAGCAGAUAAGGUUAAAGGGGAAGUUCUUGAUCUACAGCAUGGUCAACAGUUUAUUGGCAGGUGCAAAAUUGAUGGGGGAACCGACUACAAAUACUCUGCAAAUUCAGAUAUUGUCGUCAUCACUGCUGGUGCCAGACAAAACGAAGGAGAAUCACGACUGAACCUUGUUCAGCGUAAUGUUGAUAUAUUCAAGAAAAUAAUACCGAACGUUGUGAAAUACAGUCCAAACUGCAUCAUAGUCGUCGUAUCGAACCCUGUCGAUAUUCUGACAUAUGUUGCUCGAAGAUUGAGUGGAUUUGAAGCUCAUAGAGUAAUUGGGACCGGAACCAUGCUUGACUCGGCGAGGUUUCGUUUUCUGUUAGGUGAGAAAUUGGGAGUAUCUGCCAAUUCUGUCCAUGGUUAUGUGAUUGGUGAACAUGGUGACUCGAGUGUUGCUGUUUGGAGUAAUGUGAAUGUUGCUGGAGUUCGGCUGUCUUCUCUAAAUCCAAAGAUAGGAUGCAAAGAUGAUCCUGAAAAUUUCGAGGAAAUACACAAGCAAGUUGUCCAGAGUGCCUAUGACAUCAUUCGCUUGAAAGGUUACACCUCAUGGGCGAUCGGGUUGGCAUGUGGAUCACUUUGUAGCGCACUACUAAAUAACCUUCAUACAGUUUAUCCACUCACUGUUCCAGUCAAAGGAAUUCACGGAAUCGAAGAGGAUGUUUAUUUGAGUUUACCAUGUCUUGUAACUUCAGCUGGAAUCAGUCAUUUGAUUCCGCCUGAACUUAGUGCGGAUGAAUUGUGUAAAUUGAGAAAAAGUGCUGCCACUUUGAAUGAAGUGAUACAAAGAAUUAUUUGGUAA